AUGACAGAUCUAGCUACAGCCAACGGCACCACAAAUGGAGCACAUGGACAGUCCUUCGACACCUCCAAUAUUCUGGAAGCUUUACAAGUCAUCCACAACCCCACCACCAAGAAUGAAAUCCGGAGGCAAGCUUCGGAGUAUUUAGAGAGUCUGAAACUGAGCAAUGAAGCCCUUCAGUAUGGCUGCGCCCUCUCAAGUGACAAAGCGCAACCGCCUCUGGUACAACAUUUCGGACUCUCCAUGCUCAGCCAUAUCGUCCGGCAUGAGGUUCACCAACUCUCUGAGCAGCAAACCAAUCAACUACGGGAUUGUAUCAACGAGCUGGGCCGGUCGGUCCAGGACACGGAUUAUGUUUUCAUUCGUAACAAGAUAGCUGAGCUGUGGAUCGAGUUGGCCAAGCGCUACUGGGCCCUGGAUAUGUUCAGCUUGGAUGAGCAGUUGGUGUACUUGUGGGAACAAGACCUUGUCCGCAAAGACUUUGUUCUCACAAUACUGGAAAAUUUGUCCGAAGACAUCUUUGUCCGUGACGACAGCGUUGCCAUCAUGCGAGGGCGAGAUUUGAACUCCGCACUUGUCGAGAUCUUCACCUCCAGCUCAAACUUCGCAGGAGGCAUCAAGAUCGGCGAUAUUACCCACCACGUGCGUUAUGGUAAGGACGGGUGGCUCAUCAGAAUCAGGAACUUCCUUGAAGAAGCAAUCCAUGGCCCUAGCAUAGAGGGGCAGCUCAAGGAGGUCGUGCUGAAAGCUCUUGCCACUAUACGCUCAGCCUUCACUUGGGUCAUGACACCAGCUAUCGUUCAAUCAAUGGCUUUGGCAGUGACGUGUGGGUUCCUCACCCAGGCAGAUCCCGACCUCAUCAUGGCUGCCAUCGACAGUCUAGUGUCAUUGUACGGAAGAAUGCGGCUAGAAGAGCUCGAGGUGCAAGCUCUUGUGCAUCCUCUAAUUCAGCCAGACAGUAUCGCAACACUAAGACAACUAUACAGCUGGUCUGUUGUCUCGGUGAAUGAACUGGACAGCAGCAAGUAUGCCAUUUCGAAAAAGCUCUCGGAGUUGAUGUCCCUGUUUGCGGAUCACAUGUGCCAAUACAAACCUCCAGAUGCUGGCACCCUCGACCUUUUUCCCUUUCUGCGGUUCUUGACUAUGGUGGCCGGACAUGAAAGCCUGAUCGUUUCCAUUCCAGUCGUUCACUCCUGGGCCAAGAUGCUGGAGGUAGCGAGCUGGCGGGCAGUUCCCGCCGUAUCCCAAUGUAUUGGUCCGCUUCUGGAGGUAGCCUCACAACGACUCAUGCAGUACGACCAGCUUCCUGAUGAUACCCAGGAACCUGUCGUGAUUUUUGUGAAUGAAGAGAUCGAGCUCUUUCCGGAACGCCAUGGGUUCUUCCUGAAUUAUCGCAGGCUUUGCGCGGCUGUCAUCGAAUGGAUCUGUUUUGCACAACUGGAAGACGCGCUUCAUGCCGUCAUGAGUCGAGCUGAUGCUCUCUUAAGUGACAUCGAACUCGCGGAACAACAAUUCGACAUUACGAGGUAUGAACGCGUGUCGAUGCAUAUAUUACGCGCUGAUGCCUACUUUGCCAUGGUUGAUGCGGCUUUCAGAGGGUUUGAUCGAUGGCAGGGGGCACACCGAGAAAGUUCAAGUCCAGAAGAAGACCAGCUAGGACAAAGAAUGCGGGAAGAGAGCAAAGCUUGGAUGUUGAACAUGAUGAACAACAGACACUUCAAAGACCCAUCAAUCAGACAACGCCAGAUCAAGUCGGCAGUUGAAGCCUCCAAUCGAGCUCUGAAGAAGGACACGGGCUUCGCUUUUAGCGUUCUGGAGCACAUAUUGUCGUCGUUCAUCAUCGCUGGACAACAGGAUUCCAGCUAUGCAGAUGCCGUCGAGGACCUGCACAGCUAUGCUACAGGCGAGUUGAGGCGUUUGUCGUUGCAACAUGCCGACUAUUUUGUCACUUUCUACGACCAGCUGCAAGCGAAAUUCUCCGAUCUAAUAGAUCAAAUUAGCGCCAAUGAGCGGCUCCAGGUUGAUUUGAAGUCUACGCUCUUCUCUGUUAUCCAACAUGCAAACGGGGUCGACUACGCCCAACGUCAAGCUAAGCUCGAAGAGUUUCUUCGGCCCAUUGCCGCAGCCUGGGCGAGCCAAGAUUUUCAAUCUGCCCUGAGCAGCUUGGAGUCGUUUGCCCAUUUUCAAGGGUUUGAUCAGGUUGGGCCGUACCUGGCGUCUUUGGAAGCGGGCAAGAUUGAAGAUUGGUCGGCAGUUCCCUACGACAAUCGCGGGGUGCAGAUCCAGAAUGAAAUGUUGUCUGCCUAUGCACGACUACCUCUUCGAGCGACGCGGAUUUUUCUAAGCAUAUCGACCGACAGACUCGAACAAGGAUCUCAGCUCCACAACAUAAUAUGUGAUUUGUGGUCACCCAUGGUCCCCACGAUGCUGGAGUAUGUUCUCCGUCUUACGAGCUAUAACCACCAAUUGCACAAUCCCUCCUCAUGGCCGAAUGUUCCCCCUGAGCUGGAGGACGUUAUUCGACGUGUUCUCCGAGACCGCUACUGGCAGUCCGGGAUCUCGACAGGUUCCAUGGGCGAAUUUCACAGCAGAGUCAAAGCCUCCAAGUCCACACUCGAAGGGUUUGCAUCGUCGGUGCGCGGGAAGAUACGAGGGCACCUGGAACAAUGCUACAGCAUCCUCCAUACGCUGGGCAGGCUGGGCCCGACUUUCUACAGUAUGCCGCAACUCCCCGAGCUAAUCGCGCAAGCCGCUAUUGAUUCAGCGGCUCCGCUGAGUCCGCACCAUUUCUCUGUCAUGCUUCAGAUGCUACCGAAGUUGAUUGACGAAUGUCCGCCCGGAAGCCGGCAGCAUUUUCUCACCCCAAUCAUAUUCUCCGUUCUUGUGCAGAUGGACACUAAGCUCUCUAUGGAGUGGGAGAAGAUGAACCAGCGGAAACAGAACAAGCAUGACGAGGAGAAUCUAAGCGAGGAGAUGAGAGACGACUCAGUGCUGCGGCAGACUACCUAUCGGGCAGCCAGUUUGGUUGCGCACUGGUUAGCACCAAAGCGCGAUCAGGAUCUGAGUUCGAAAAAAUCGAUAGUCAAUCGCAGCCACUUGACAGACGGCACUCAACAAACGAUGCGGGAGUUUUUGCUCUCGAAUGUCCAGAUCCUGGAAAAGCUGCUUGUCCUCGUCACCCAUGCACUCGCGUUCAAGGAUAUGAAGUCGUCCAACCAGAUGCUCACGAGUGCGCAUCGUCUUGUCCCAGAGUUUGCGUCCGACCGCUUCAUCAGCGGCCAGGAAGCUGCUGCGGUGCGCGAGUACAUUUCGACCGAGAUGCUCAAGACGGCAAUCACUUGCUUGAACGACGGCUACUUUGCCGACCACCAGGUCUACUAUGCCCAGUUGAUAGCGACCAUCUGGCUUUCAUACGGCUUGCCGAGCCAUGUCCCCGCCACGGACACCACGCCCGCCCACGAACGUCCGCCGUUGACCUCGACGCCGCAGGACGUGAUCCUCAGCUUGCCCGGCAUGACCGAGGCUAAGGUCAGCCACGCCUCUGGCCUCCUUCUCAAGGAAGCCUCGGUGGGCAACCGGUCCAAGAGGCUCCGAGCCAUCAUCUUGGCACUCCUCGAGGGCGUGAGAGGCGUGCGGGUCAGCGAACUCGGUAAGAUCGACACGAGGCAGCAGCACUCCAAGAUACUAGAGAAAUACAAGCAGAGAGAGAUGUUGAGCAUGCAGGGUGUCGAGGACGCGGGACAGAAAAUUGGGGGAGGUACUGUCGACGACGGAACUGAUUUGGCGGGAGUGGCAGACAUGUUUGCUGGCUAG